AUGGCUAAUCUUGAUACAGUCCUAAGCAAAUGUUUCGUAAUAGCAGAUUUAGGAUGCUCCAAUGGCCCAAAUACGCUAUUGGCUGUAUCUAUCAUUAUUGAUGUAGUCCUUGAGCGUUGUAGAGAAGAUAAUCGUCAUAAAGCACCACAAUUUCAAAUAUUCUUAAAUGACCUUUAUGGAAACGAUUUCAACGCAAUUUUCCAAUUGCUACCAAAAUUUUAUGCAAACCUUAAGAAGGAGAAGGGGGAAAACAUUUGUUGUUUUGUAUCUGCUACUCCGGGUUCCUUCUAUGGUAGACUCUUUCAAGAUGGAAGUUUACACCUUGUUCACUCCUCUUACGCUCUUCACUGGCUUUCUCAGGUACCUGAGGGCAUUGAAAACAACAAAGAAAACAUAUACAUGGCUAAAACAAGUCCUCCAAAUGUGUUUGAAGCGUAUAGAAAGCAAUUUCAUACCGACAUGAAAAUGUUCUUACAAAUGCGCUCUAGUGAAAUAGUACGUGGUGGGUGCAUGAAGCUGGUUCAAGAAUCAGAUAUCAACACAUUUAAUGCCCCUGUUUAUUUUCCAUGUGAGGAUGAAGUCAGGAAUGUUAUUCACGACGAGGGAUCGUUUUCUCUUGAUACCCUCAAUGCUUUUCAACUAAACUGGGAUCCAUAUGAUAGAGACUACACGAGUAUGAAAGCUUUGAAUGAGCAAUGCUGUAUGCAUGGGAAAAACACUGCAAUGUUUAUGAGAGCUGUUACAGAAUCGUUGCUCGUAUCUCAUUUCAGGGAUUUAAUGAAUACUAAUGUGCUAUUUGAGAACAUGGAAAAGCAAGUGGCAGAACACCUUACAAGGAAGAAGACAAGACAUUUUACUUUGGUCAUUUCAUUGACUAGAAAAUAA